CCUAUAUUUAUUGCCUCACAAGGUUCCGGGAUUCUAACCGGCUCCAUUUCUCCCAGCUCCCUCUCUCUCUCCGCCGUGCGCGCGCUUUCUCUCUCUAGAUCCAUCUCACAGGAACACCUUUCAGGUAUCUCAGCAAGAAAGAGAAAUGGGACUCAGUUUUACCAAGCUCUUCAGCCGGCUUUUUGCCAAGAAGGAGAUGCGCAUUCUGAUGGUUGGUCUUGAUGCAGCUGGUAAGACCACCAUCUUGUACAAGCUCAAGCUUGGAGAGAUUGUCACUACAAUUCCUACCAUUGGUUUCAACGUGGAGACUGUUGAGUACAAAAACAUCAGCUUCACUGUUUGGGAUGUUGGUGGUCAGGACAAGAUCCGUCCAUUGUGGAGGCACUAUUUCCAGAAUACACAGGGCCUCAUCUUUGUUGUUGAUAGCAAUGAUAGGGACCGUAUCGUGGAGGCAAGAGAUGAGUUGCAUAGGAUGCUGAAUGAGGAUGAGCUCCGGGAUGCUGUCCUACUGGUGUUUGCCAACAAACAAGAUCUUCCUAAUGCAAUGAAUGCUGCGGAGAUAACAGAUAAGCUUGGUCUCCACUCUCUGAGGCAACGUCACUGGUACAUCCAGAGCACCUGUGCAACUUCUGGAGAGGGGCUUUAUGAAGGUCUUGAUUGGCUCUCUAACAACAUUGCUAACAAGGCCUAAAGCGGUAUAGCGUUGGUUUGUCGUCGUGGAUUGAUCCUGGAUGCAGUAGUUUUUUAUCUAAAAAAAUUGGGUUAUGAACUUCAGAUAUAUGUAACUGUUUUUUUUUCUCUAGACUUGAGUACCAUGUUUUGAACUAGUAAAUGGCCUACUUUCUUUUCACGUUUUAAAUUGCUUUACUUAGCUCUC